CUACAACAAUAACGACCACUUCAUUCUAACUUACAAUUUCCUCCACCCAAUUCCCAUGAUUCCCUAUCUUUUUUUUUUCUACUUGAAUAUCAAACCAUAAAACCCACAGAAGAAAACCUUCAUUCUUGAUUUUCUCUUCUUACAAUAUCAAAAACAAUGGCAACUUCACUCACUGCUGCAGUUUCUCUUCCUUCAUCUAAGUCAUCAUCAUCAUCAACAUCUGCACUUUCAUCAAGAACAUCAUCUAUCUUUUCAGAUAGGAUCAGCUUCCCCAAGAACUCUGCUUACACUGGUGGUAUCUCUGUUUCUAACAAUGCUGUUACCAUAACAUCUCAAGUUACUACUACUGAAGCUGCUCCUGUAAAGGUAGAAAAGAUCUCCAAGAAGGAUGAUGAAGGAAUUGUUGUUAACAAAUUCAAACCAAAGAAUCCUUAUAUUGGUAGAUGCCUUCUUAACACUAAGAUUACUGGUGAUGAUGCCCCUGGAGAAACAUGGCAUAUGGUUUUCACCACUGAGGGUGAAGUUCCUUACAGAGAAGGACAAUCCAUUGGGAUUAUUCCUGAGGGAGUUGACAAGAAUGGGAAGCCACAUAAACUCAGGUUGUACUCAAUUGCUAGCAGUGCUAUUGGUGAUUUUGGAGACUCCAAAACUGUUUCACUGUGUGUGAAGCGACUAGUUUACACCAACGAUCAAGGUGAAGAAGUUAAGGGAGUUUGUUCAAAUUUCCUAUGUGACUUGAAACCUGGAUCUGAAGUGACGAUCACAGGGCCAAUUGGAAAAGAAAUGCUUAUGCCCAAAGAUCCAAAUGCCACAAUCAUAAUGCUUGGAACUGGGACUGGAAUUGCUCCUUUCCGUUCCUUCUUGUGGAAAAUGUUCUUUGAGAAACACGAAAACUAUAAGUUUAACGGGUUGGCAUGGCUCUUUUUGGGUGUUCCCACGAGUAGCUCAUUGCUGUACAAGGAGGAAUUUGAGUUGAUGAAGGAGAAAGCACCUGAAAACUUCAGGCUCGACUUCGCAGUGAGCAGAGAACAAACAAAUGACAAGGGAGAGAAGAUGUACAUACAAACUCGAAUGGCUCAAUACGCAGAGGAGCUAUGGGAAUUACUCAAGAAAGACAACACUUUCGUUUACAUGUGCGGGUUGAAAGGAAUGGAGAAAGGAAUUGAUGACAUUAUGGUUUCUCUAGCGGCUAAAGACGGUAUUGAUUGGCUUGAAUACAAAAGAACAUUGAAGAAGGCAGAACAAUGGAAUGUUGAAGUUUAUUAGUUAACAACGAUAUAUAUUUUGCUUCUUAUUGUAUAAUUGGUCUCAUCUUGUCUAGUCAAGAAUGUGUAAGAUGAUUGUAAGUUUCUCAUAAGGUGCCCCUCCUGUGCACCAUGAAACCAAACUCUAGUAGCAAGUAUAAGUAGAGUUGUAAUUGUUGUGAAUUAGUGUCAUUGAUGGCUCCUGGUGUAAGAAAGCACUCUCCAACUCCUCUUUGUUGGUGUAUAUCAAAUUCAGUUUUUUCGAACUUAGCAAGUAA